UCAGGUAGGCUUGCUUGGAUACAUAUGAUAUCUCUGCAUGAAAGCACUUGAACAUCUGUAGUCUAUCCCUUUGUACAGAGAUGAUGAAGAGAACAGUUGGUAUAACUAGGAAGACAGUAGACAUUGAGGAAAAGGGAGUCAGGCUGAAGCUCACCAUUGUGGAUACACCAGGCUUUGGGGAUGCUUUGGACUGCACAGACAGCUCUUAUCCUAUAGUGGACUACCUCCAUCAGCAGAUGGAACAAUAUCGUAUGGAUGAGGUGGGCAUGCCUCGCACCCAGAUCAAAGACAGCCGGGUCCACUGUUGCCUCUACUUCAUCUCCCCCUAUGGUCACGGUCUCAAACCCCUAGAUGUAGCUUUUAUGAAGGAGCUGCAGGCGAAGGUCAACAUCGUUCCUGUAAUUGGUAAAGCCGACUGCCUCACCAAGGCCGAGUUGCUACGUAAGAAAGAAAGGAUACGGAAGGAGAUAGAGUUCCAUAAAAUAAAGAUCUUCCAGUUUUCAGACUGUGACUCUGAUGAUGACAUAGAGUGGACAAGGCAGGACCAUGAGAUGAAGAAUAGCAUCCCUUUUGCUGUGGUUGGGAGUAAUAUGCAGCUGAGAGUGGAUGGGAGGACUGUGAGAGUCCGGGCAUACCCGUGGGGAGUGGUGGAAGUCGAGAACCCUGACCACAGUGACCUGGUUCACUUGAGAACUAUGCUGGUACGCACUCAUAUGCAGGACCUGAGAGAGAAGACCCAUGACAACCUGUAUGAGCAAUUCCGCAUCCGUCGCAUGAAUAUGCGGAGUCCUAGCGCGGCAUUCUAGGAAGCAAGC